AUGGUCAAAGAUGCUGGAGUUGAUGGAGCGGUCAUGACAACUACGCCUGGUACUCAUUUUGCUCUCGCCGAACUGGCAUUGGAAGGUGGAAAAUGGGAUGCUGAUUUUGCUGCAACCUCGAAAUUGGUGAAAAACGGUGCUCUUGACCGAGUUGCUGAAUUUGAAACUCAUUUUGAUCGCCAUCCCCCUGAGAUGCCCACGACUGGUAGUUGGAAAACGCAAAAAAUUCCUGGAGUUAUCCAUUUGCUUGGUCUCGCGAAGAGAACAACUAACUCUGUUGCUUCCCAGAUGGAGAACAAUGACUCCGGGUACGAAUAUGCGCUCACUUCACUUCCCCACUAUGAUCAGAUUUUAGCUACUACCAGGGGAACGGUAAAUAUCAAUCCUGAUGAAAAGCAUUUAAGAUUCUUGGUUCGAGGGGACAAAGGCAGCCUCAAAAGACAUUGCUUCCCUUUUGGCCUUGCUCAGCUGUCGAUUGAAAGUACGAACGAAGCUAAUCCAGUACCAGUCCUGUCUCGACAUCCGAGAAGAGCGGCUGAAAGCCGGACUUAUGCAUGGAGGCCAAGAGUCCAAGCUGCGACACUCCCGUGCUUGAGGCCUACCACUCGACUAAUUUUGGGCCGAUUGAGCAAAGGUAUACCUACAAAAAGUACUGGUACUAACGGCAAUUCCAUUGUUGAACCUCCAACAUAUGAUGAGUUCUACCGCAAACUCGCGAAGGCGAUGGCUGUUGAAAGUGACAUCCUAUUGAGCGCUUGA